AUGGACACAAACGGUGACAAUAAUGACGACAAUGAGGAAAGUGUGGAACGAAUCGAGGGAAUCAUGAAUACGUCCACUGAGGCCAAGAGUUGUCCCAUUUGUUUGACACAAGUGUCCAAUCGAUCGCUGGCCGACACAUGUCUUCACGAAUUCUGCUUCGACUGCCUUUCCGAGUGGUCUUCGACUCACAAUCGGUGUCCCGUCUGUCGACAGCCGUACCGACACAUCAUCCAUAACAUAGUGUCCGAAGAAGUGUUCGCCCGAACGCCAGUCCAACACCGCAACGAAGACAUCGACGUCGAAGUGACGGCUGUUUUGCGGCAAAUGUUUCUCUUUCUUCGGGUGAUAUCGGCUCGGAAUCGAAGUAUGCGUCUCAGGGAUCAGGUGAAAGAGAACUUGGAUCAGAUGAACGCCCGGCUCAGUCGCGCCAACGCCGGCCAGAGUCAUGAGUCGCGCCGAGUGUUGGCUCAGUUGGAGCAACAAAUACAAGAACUCCGGACGUCGUUGGAGAGGAUCGACACCGAUAUCACUGAAUUGAAUGCAGUCCUCAAUUCGGAGGAUCCGACAGAAGUGGAUCUCAUGAAUGGUCUGAACGGUCGCGAAGAGGACUUUAACGACGUGAUCGGUGUCAUCGAUGUACUCAUUCCGGUGGCCAACGCAGAGGCGCUCGAAGACAACGAAGAGUGGGUCCCCGAAGGCAGUGAGGAGGAAGACGACGAGGAAGAAGAUGCAGAAUCGCUGGACUCGACUGUUGAGGACCCCGACUACGUGCCCGACGAAGACAUUGAAUCGUCAAUUGGCAGCGAAAGUGGCGAUGAAAGCGAUAGAGAAUCCAGUGAUGACAACAACACCCGAAGAGACACACGAAGGAAAAGACGACAAUCAGACGAGUCGGACAACAGUGAAGAUGAAGACUAUUUGCCCGCAAAUGAAAAGCGAAGGAAAAAGUAG